ACACACUGCCAUCUGUUAACUAUAUGUGAAAACAAUCAAGAUAGUACUAUGACAUAAUUUAUAGAGGGCGUUUUAGUAUAAAAAAAUAUUCUACAAGUGACAGGUCUCAUCAAGCCCAGAUAAAGUCAAGAAUUCCGCCAUCUCUUUCUUUUAUGAAGUGAAUUGCGAAGCUGUACUCCGGUUCAGCGCUGAGCAAUUUUUAAUAGGAAAGUUGUUUAUCUCGACCGGAUUAUCGCAACAAUAUGGCAGCCGCCGUCGUGUCAGGCAAGGAUAUCGAGAAGCCUCAGGCAGAGGUCUCGCCAAUCCACCGCAUCAGGAUCACGCUGACUUCGCGCAACGUGCGCUCGCUUGAGAAAGUGUGCGCUGACCUCAUCAAUGGCGCCAAGAAACAGAAGCUGCGUGUGAAGGGCCCAGUCCGCAUGCCGACCAAGAUCCUGCGCAUCACAACCCGCAAGACCCCUUGUGGUGAAGGUUCCAAGACCUGGGACAGGUUCCAGAUGCGCAUCCACAAGCGAGUGAUCGACCUGCAUUCCCCCUCAGAGAUUGUGAAGCAGAUCACUUCCAUCAACAUCGAGCCUGGUGUAGAGGUUGAGGUCACCAUCGCCGACGCGUAGGCACAGCCGCCAAUAAAUAUAUUUAUGUA